CGAUUAUUUUAUGAUUAUUCUUUAUGAUCGUUAGACGUUGAUACCCGCGCCGAAACCUGAUUCAAAUUUGUGGAUCACUCGGAUUCCGAAACUACUUCGAAACACUCCCCGGGCUCAAGUGCUGCCCCCUUCAACACCACCGACCUUGUCUUGUCUUCGCUGGGAUUGUUAUAAUUUAAUAACUACACGGGGGAGCAAAUUAAGAGCAAAGUCGGUACCACAGAAACCACUUAAGACGCUUUCUUUAAUUGCCCCCAAAACGGAGAUUUGCCGCGAAACCUGUAGGGCAGCUUUUGGCUUCGGUUUCGUUUCCAGCUUCGCGUUUAUUCCAUAAGAAAAUGAAAACCAUCGUAGCAUGAAGCGAUGUCAAAUGUCCAAUCCCAGGCCCAUUGUUUUAGCCUCUCAAGGUUCCGGGAACUGGCCAAGAAGUCUGGUGGGGUCAGAAGUUGAGUGAGCAAUGCGGGAUCUUGCAUCACUUCAGACUAGCCGUUACUCAUCCGACGCGUGGGGACCACACAAAUGGACUUUAACAACUGCGGCUUCAUCGACCCGCAGGCCCAGCUGGCCGAAUCUCUGGCCAAGCGAGACAUCCGUCAGUUCGUCGCCGCCCUGGACAGCGGUGCCCAGGCGGAUCUGCAGGAUGAUCGCCACACGAGCAUCUACGAGAAGGCGCUUUCCACACCGGGAUGUCGGGACUUCAUAGAGGCCUGCAUCGACCACGGCAGCCAGGUGAACUACAUAAACCAGAAGCUGAACAAGGCCGCCGUCAGCUAUGCCGCCGACUCGAGGGAUCCCGGCAACCUAGCGGCUCUCCUGAGAUACCGCCCUGGGAAGAAGGUCCAGGUGGACAGAAAGUACGGCCAACUCACGCCACUCAACUCGCUGGCCAAGAAUCUCACGGAGGAGAAUGCCUCGGCGGUGCUAUCCUGCAUGCAGCUUCUGCUGGACUACGGCGCCUCGCCGAACAUCGUGGAUCAGGGCGAGUUUACUCCCCUGCAUCAUGUGCUGAGGAAGAGCAAGGUGCGGGCAGAGAAGCAGGAGCUGGUGCAGCUCUUCCUGGCCCAACCGGAGCUGGACAUCGACAGCUAUCGGAACGGAGAGGUGCGUCGGCUGCUGCAGGCACAAUUCCCGGAGCUUCCACUGCCGGAGGAGCGCCAGACCGGGCCAGAGAUCGACAGCCAGACCCUCCACCGCACUCUGCGGGAUGGAGACGAAGGACUGUUCGAGCAGCAGUUCGCCGAGUAUCUGCAGAGCCACAAGGACGCCGCAGGCUAUAAGGACAACCAGCUGAACAGCCACCAGGAGGAGUACUUCAGCCUGCUGCAGGAGAGCAUCAAGAGGGGCAGGCAGCGAGCCUUCGAAGCCAUUCUAGCGACGAACAUCGACAUAAACUCGAGACCCGGCAGGCCCAACGAGGCGAGUCUCGUCGAGACGGCCGUAAUCUUCGGCAACUGGCAGGCCCUGGAGCGACUGCUGAAGGAGCCCAACCUCCGACUGACCAAGGACUCCAAGCUACUGAAUGCGGUGAUUGGACGACUUGAGGAGCCACCUUAUGAUGGCUUCAACCACCAGCGCUGCUUCGAUCUGCUCAUCGAGAGCGAUCGCGUGGAUGUUAAUGAGGCUGAUUCGGGGCGCCUGGUGCCCCUUUCCUACGCGGUGAAGUACCGCAAUACGAUGGCAAUGAAGAAACUGCUGCAGAACGGCGCCUACAUUGGCACCAAGAACGUCUUUGGAGCACUGCCGAUCAAGGAUAUGCCAGCGGAGGUGCUCGAGGAGCACUUUGACUCCUGCAUCACCACCAACGGAGAGAAGCCGGGUGAACGAAACUUUGAGAUCAUCAUCGAUUACAAGAACUUGAUGCGGCGGCAGGAGAGGGAUUCCAAACCCUCCAACGAAAAGCUGCACGACGAGAUGGCCCCCAUCGCUUUCAUCGCCGAAUCCAAGGAGUUUCGGCACCUGCUGCAACACCCGCUGAUCUCGAGCUUCCUCUUCCUCAAGUGGCACCGACUUUCCGUGAUCUUCUACCUAAACUUCCUGCUCUACUCCCUCUUUACCGCAUCCAUUAUCACCCACACGCUCCUCAAGUUCCACGAGAGCGAGCACAGGGCGCUCACCGCACUAUUCGGAGUCCUCUCCUGGCUGGGAAUCGGCUACCUCAUCGUGCGGGAGGGCAUCCAGUGGCUGAUGUCGCCGGUUCGCUACUUUUGGUCCAUAACUAACAUCAUGGAGGUGGCUCUGAUUAUACUAUCCAUCUGCACCUGCGUUGAGUCAAACUUUGACAAGGAGACGCAGCGAGUCCUGGCAGUCCUUACCAUCCUACUGGUCGCCAUGGAGUUCUGCCUGCUGGUGGGCUCUUUGCCAGUGCUCUCCAUUUCCACCCACAUGCUAAUGUUGCGCGAAGUCUCCAGCAGCUUUGUAAAGAGCUUCGCACUCUACUCGAUCUUCGUCCUGACCUUCAGUCUGUGCUUCUACAUCCUCUUCGGCAAGCCAGAAGUCCCAGAUCAGUUGGGUAGCACCACGACUCCAGCUCCGGGUCCUGAGAAGGAAGGCGAGAGUGAUGGGGACUUCAACACCUUCACCAAGCCCAUCGAGGCCCUGAUCAAGACCAUUGUGAUGCUGACGGGCGAGUUCGACGCCAGCGACAUCAAGUUCACUAGUAUUUACACCUAUCUCAUUUUCCUGCUCUUCGUGUUCUUCAUGACGAUUGUCCUGUUCAACCUGCUGAAUGGUCUGGCCGUGAGCGAUACCCAGGUUAUCAAGGCGCAGGCGGAACUCAAUGGCGCCAUUUGCAGGACCAAUGUCCUGAGUCGCUACGAGCAGGUUCUCACUGGCCACGGACGAGCUGGAUUCCUGAUGAGCAACCAUCUUCUGCAAAGCAUCUGCCAACGCCUGAUGAACAUCUACCCCAACUACCUGAGCCUCCGGCAGAUUACUGUGCUGCCCAACGAUGGAAACAAGGUGCUCAUACCCAUGAGCGAUCCCUUCGAGCUGAAGACCCUCAAGGGCGACAAGCAGGCCAGCUUCCAGCAGCUGCCCAUGAGUGCGAGUGGGGCGCAAAAGAAGCUACUGGACCCGCCGCUAAAACUCCUACCCUGCUGCUGCUCCGUGCUCACCGGAAAGUGCUCCCAAAUGGACGGACGGACGGUGAAGUUGGCCCUGGCGGUGAUCGACCAGAAGAACAGCGCUGAACAGAGGCGGAGGCAGGAGCAGAUCAACGACAGUCGGCUAAAGCUGAUCGAACACAAGCUGGAGCAGGUGUUGCAGCUGCUGCAGGAUCGGAACUGAUUGAGUCCAUAUAUUGCAUUGUAUGGUAGCUAUAGUAUUAAUCCACCUUUGAGAUCGGUUCGCAUUUAACCCCUUCAAUUCGAAAAGAGACGAGUUAGUCGGAAAUUGUUUUUAUUAACAUACGAGUAAUGAAAUUGAACAAAACCCUUAAUAAUUGUCAGUAAGUAAGUAGUAUAUAAUGGUUAUAUAGACAGUAAAUAUUGUAUAAACGAAUAUCUUUACUGUACCAUUCGUACCCGAGUAAAUAUUUAAUUUCAAAUGUUAGAUGUA